UCCAGUUUUCCAGCAAUCAUUUUAGAUUGUUUUCAGUACACAGCUUUCUGGAGAUUCCUCUUUGGUAACCUCUCAAGACCUAAAGUUGCUGAUGUGCUGCGCUAUCAGAAUGACAAAUUAAUUCCAAAAGCAUAAAAACUAGCCAGAUAUACAGCUGAGCUUAUCACCACACCAGGAAGUAAAGUCUACCUGUGGUGUGAUUACAUUCCCAGGGAUUUCUCCUGCUUUUCUCUUCCACUGAUUAGCUGCAUUUCAACUAAGGAGGACUGCAUAGCCUUGCAUUACAAGAUAACUCAUCUCAAACCUUACCUUGCUACUCUGGCUGACUUUUGAGCUUCGGAAAUUGUUCCUGGAGCUCUUGAACUGCAGAAAUAUGGAUUCUAAAAGGAAUGAUUACACAAACACGCCUACUGUUGCGUAUGACUAUAAUGAUAAUGACAGUGCCAGUCACCCUUGUGACUACGAAGGUGUAGAUGCAUUUCGGAGUCUAUUCAUUCCAAUUAUGUAUUAUUCUGUAUUCAUUACUGGACUUCCCGGAAACGUUAUAGUUCUUAUACUAUAUAUCUUCUGUGAAAAGAUGAAAACCUUAAGUGAUAUUUACCUGAUAAACCUGGCAACAGCUCAUCUACUUUUCCUUUCGACCCUACCAUUCUGGGCAUACACAGCAUCUCAUCAAUGGAUUUUUGGUAACUUCAUAUGUAAACUGGUGCGCAGCCUUUAUUACAUCAAUCUGUACAGCUCUAUGUUGAGCCUUACUUGCAUUACAGUUGACAGGUACAUUACCAUUUCUGAAGCAGUGAAAGCUCAUGGAUAUCAGAAAAUAAAAAUGCUUACUGGUAAAAUAAUUUGCGUAUGUACUUGGGGGAUUUCAGUAGUACUCAGUUUUCCACAGAUCUUAUACAGUCAGGAAACAAAUUUCACAAAGCUAACCUGCCAAUCAAAAUACUCCAAUGAAGAGCCUUUGAUGCUAGCAGCAAGUAUAUGUCAACUGUUGAUUGGUUUUCUAAUACCUCUUCUGUCCAUAAUCAUCUGUUACUCACUUAUACUGAAAACCUUGGUCCAAACAAAGGGAUUCCAGAAGCACAAAUCUAUCAAAAUAAUAUUUACAAUAGUAACCUUCUUUGUUGUUUUUCAGCUGCCUUACAAUAUCAUGAUUCUCAUUUACACUGUUAAAACAGAUACAGAGGACUGUGAAACCAUACUCAAUAACAAGUACGCCAUGAUUAUAACAGAAGCUUUUGCCUACAUGCACUAUUGCCUCAACCCUAUCCUUUAUGCAUUCUUGGGAGUGAAAUUCAGAAAGAAUUUCUGCAAAUUCAUGAAAGACCAUGGCUGUGUUAGCCAGAAGCAACUAUCUGUAUACUUAAAAAGUGAAGGGCAAACGUCUAAAACUGCCAACUCAAACUGCUCCACAGAUGCAAUGAGCAUGCAGAUCACUGCGGAAGGCCACGUCAAAGACAAUGUAGAGAGCAACUGUCUGCCCUCUUUAAGCAGCAGAUGAUUUGAUGAAUAUUAGCAAGUGUAAUUAUUAAGGCUGCCCUUUGUCUGUCUCUGGUUAUGCUUCUAUCUUCUUCUCAUAUAUGCAAACCAGUUACCAACACACCUGUAUUGUAUUUAUAUAUGCAUCUAUGUCUUAAUCUAUAUCUAAUCUAAAUCUAUAUCUAUAUCUAGUGGCUAUUGUAAUGCUGUUUAAUGGGCUGUUUGCUGUUGAAAUGUUGUUUAAAGUUCUGUUUUGAGGUAAGAUAUAUCCAUUAUAUGUUAUGGUAUGAACUGGUGAUGUGCAUAUACCACACAUUAUGGUAGGGAAAUCUGUAAUAGGAGAUCGAGGUGAACAAGCCACGAGCUGUUCUUAAAAGUAGAGGAUAUAGUGCAAAAUGGUAAAUAGGUUUGCCUCUCAUAGAGAGAGAGUCUUUGUGAACAGUAGUGGAGUCUCUUGGGCAUCCUUGACCAGAAGCCUGGACUAGAAGAAGCUGUAGAGUACCAGGAUCCUGCCCAUACAGGUACUUAAAGAGAUACCAGUAAUAUGCCUGUGGAAUGCCAGGAAGAUAAUCAUAGAUGUGACUUUUUGUCAGUGGAUCUAACCACCUUGACUGAAGCUGGAGAAAAAUAACUGUAAACUGUAAGCUGUUGUUUUUAACAUUUUUUUUUCUAAAGAAGAGUUAUGACUGAUUUUCAUUUCAGAAGAGCUUAUGUUGAGAACCUCACUGAAAAUAAUGUGCAAUUUAAUGAAGAACAGUCUCCAUCGUUUCUUAAAUAUAAUAAAAUUUAUAUGUAUAUAUUAUUUGUAGCCAUUGAGAAUAAAACCCAGAUGAUAUAGUAAAGAUUAUAGCAUGAAAUACGUUCCAAGAGGAGGGAAACAGAAAAACAAUUGCAAGAAAAAGAAUUUACAGAUUGAUGCUCUUGCCACUUUAAAUUUGUGCUGUUUUUCCUUUCCUUCUUCUACUUUAAAGCAUUUUCUGCAAUGACUAUGUUGUUUUACUUACAAAACAAUUCCAAUUUAGACUUGCUUAUAUUAUUAAAUAUCACAUUCUUUCAAGUUUUUUAUUGAUAAACAUU